ACGUUUAAAUCAAUAUUUCUUGUACUGAGAUCGUAAUUAGAAUUUCAUGAAUAAAAGUGUCAACGAUAAUUGAUAGUGACUGAUUUUCAGCAAUUAUUUUGUACUUAUUUUGAAAUUAAUUAAUAUUUUAGUCCAUUGUGCUCAGAACUCCAGUAUGGCACCAGCCCCCAAAGGAAAACCGCCUACAAAAGGUUCCAAACAAAUCCUUGUAGAAAAUGCUGCCACAGUAAAAUUCUAUCGUAAUAUGUCGAUGGCGGCAACCUCUUUUUAUGGAAUUAUAACUGCCUUAUUUUACUAUGAAAACAUAUCAAAUUGGGUACUCUUUUUUAAUGUUCUGGUAUUGAUUAUACACAUUGCUUGCUAUCAACUAAUGAUGUACAUUAGUAAACCACGCUAUCUCAAUAACACUCAACUCUUGGACCCAGGUUUAGAUUUGAACAUGGAGGGUGGAAUGGGCGAACAUAUCAAGGAUAUUGUAAUACUCUCAUCUAUAACUCAAGUUUUAGCAUUGAUAAACAAUUACUUUUGGCUAUUGCUUCUAAUUUUACCAAUAAGAGUAUUCUGGCUAUUGUGGACCAAUAUACUUGGUCCUUGGUUUUUCCAAGAAGCUCCUGAAAACACUGAGAAAGAUGAAAAGAAAAAGAAGAAAAUGGAAAGGAAAUACAAACGGAGUCUUUUGCAGUAAUUCAUCUAAGCCAUAUGUGCAUGUCAAUAUCUGUAUUCAUCAUUGCAUAAAUGUUAAUUUUGUAUUCAGAACAAUAAUAUUUUGCUAUCUAAUGUAAUAACAUCCAUAUAUUUAUAUUAGUAAAUUCACAUUAAAUGAUGAUGCUAGUCCUUCCUACCUUCUUUUUAAAUAGUAAUGGUGAUACAUGUAACUUAAGAUAAGUACCAUUUAUUAUAUAAAUAAAAAACAUCUGGUGAUAGUAGGUUGUGAGUUUAUAUUUUUUAUUCAGAAAGUCUGUUGGCCCAUCUUAUGAAUGGUAUCUGUCACUUAUAGAUGAUCAAUGAACAGGAAUCUUGUCAUAGCACUCGAAACAAGUCUGGAUAGCAAUUUAAUCUAGAACCUCAAGUUGUCAGGCAAUUUUUGUUAAUUUGCACCUGUUGCUAAUUUUUGACUCAGCCUGUAUAUUAGUUUGAUGAACAAGAUAACAGUAAUUUGUAUAACUUGAGAAAUAUCUUGAUAUUUUAAGGUGAGCAGUGACAUUCACAUUGUGAUGUAAUUACAUUAUCAUAAUCACAUAUUGCAAGGGUCAUGAGACUGCACUUCUUACACACCACUUUAACCUUCUCGAGCGCAAACC